AUGGUCCUGACAGUCUGUGGCCAGUGCCUGACGGAGGUGAAAGUUAAGGCGGAGCGGUCGGUCGAGGCGGUGGAAGCGUGGAUGUCUGGAGUGGGGCUUGGGGUGGCUCGUCACAAAACCGAGAUAAUGCUUGUUAGCGGACUGCGGGCCGUCCAGGAGAUAUCGAUUGAGAUCGAUGACCUGGUGAUUCGGUCGCAGGAGGCGAUCAGGUAUCUCGGAGUGAUGAUAGACCGCAGGCUCUGCUUCAAGACCCACGUAGAGUACGUCACCAGCUCGGCGCUGCGGGCCCUAAACGCUCUGUCUGCCAUCAUGCGUGGAGCGGGUGGCCUCAGUGGCUCGAGGAGGAGGCUCCUGGCAAGCGUGGCCACGUCGAUACUGCGCUACGCGGGCCCUGCAUGGGCAGAGGGACUGUCGCCGGGGCGGAAGAUGGAGCUAAACCGCGUCCACCGACUCGUCGGGAUAAGGGUUGCGGGGGCCUUUCGAACCAUAUCCUUGGCGGCCGUCAGUGUGAUAACCGGCAUGACCCCGGUUGGGAUCCUCAUCGAAGAGGACAGGGAGCGCUACGUGGGUCGUGGAGUUGUGGGCGCCCGAACGGAGGCAAAACGUAGCUAA